CAUCUGUGUACUUUCUCUGUGUUGUCUUGUCGGCUUAACAUUAAAUUAUGGAUCAUAUUUAUUCUGUUUUAAGGAGAAUUAUACCAAGUGCAUCAACAAAUACAGAUUGGAUAACUGAAGGCAAAGCUGUCUUGUCUGUUUCAAGUAGGAAUACUAUUGCUUUUACGUCAACAACUGAUCUGCUUGAUGGAACUGCUAAAACAACAAGAAUCCACGUAUAUGUUGCUGAUCUCAACAUGCCAUGGGAGGCAUAUAAGGUUCUUAGUCAUACUGAGGACAUAACAUGUGUUGAAUGGGAUAUUAGUGCUACUAAAUUAUUAAUAGCAGAUGCAGUGGGAUGCAUUCAGAUAUGGUCAAUGAAAGAUUUCCUCUUAAAUGAUUGGAUGCAAGUUACAAGUACAACAUACGAUGGGGAAUAUAUUCUUGCUGCUGCUUGGUUCCAUAAUGGAAAAAAAAUUGCCUUAAAUAUGGAGAAGAAGGAUAAUCCUUUGUAUUUAGAAAAAUAUUCAUUUAUACGCUUUGGACCAUCUGUAAAACAGUUUGGUGGGAAGCCUAGUGAAGGUGUUAUUGCAAUUACUACAGCGGGAAUGGUUUUUGUGUUGAUUUUACAAUCAGAUGGAAGUAUAAUUACUGGUGCUGAAGUGCUAGGCCAAUUCAGGAAUAAAAUUAAAGUUGUUGAUCUAUGUUAUGCAAAGAGCGGGGAUUUUUUAGUUAUAGCCACUGAUGGACUUGUGCAGUCAUCUGUGCAUUGUUACAGAGUUGGUUUAAAAGUUAAUCAAGAUGAAUGUAUAAUAAGUUGCCAACCUUUUUCAAGUUUUUAUUUGAAUUGCCAUUCUAGUUGCUUAUCUGGAGAAAAACAAUCUUAUGUAAAAGUCACUCAUUUGAAGUUCAUUUUACGGGAAGCAGCUGAUGCUGUUGUUAUCACUGCUUCUGGUCCUAACGAUAGCACUGUUGAACUCUGGGAACUGAGAGAGAAGCCUGUCAUUUUCCACAAACUAUUAAAUACAGCAUCAUUAGAAGGCCAACCUAAAACAGUGGUAUGGCAACAUCACACAUCUUCUACUGCCUCUUCCGCUGUUGUGGCAGUGGCCACCCCUCGUUUAUCAAUAUAUGAUGCUAAUCCACCACCAUCAUACAUAUUAGUUGCUUAUAAAGAUAAUGUUAUAAAGUGUUUUUACAGAGAAUCUCUUCAGCUAGUUUGCAGUAUUUGUGUAAAUACAGGAACUCACAGAAGAGAUGAGCAUACUAUGUAUAGUCAUCAGCAAGGCUUAAAACAAUACCUUCAUGGAGCUUCUAUAAGUGAUAUGCAGUUGACAUGGACUGGAUGUACAUUAAUUGCUAUUGACUCUCUUUCACAAUUAUUUUUGUAUCGUUUAUCUCCCAUUACUGAUCCUGGUGGUCCUAUGAGUGCUUCAUAUGCGAUAACCGUAUUGGAGUACUGCUUAAUGACCGGAACUGAUUGGUGGGAUGUUGUCCUAAGUUUAAGGCCUGGUUUAAUUGAAAGCAUAUGUGAGAAGCUUUCUGAAUCAUUUAAUCGUCAACCAGCUGCAUCUCAGCAAGGAUGGAUUUGUCGAUUUCUUGCCCUUAAAGGAUUUUUAUAUAGGUGUCUAAGCAAUGGACUUGCAAAAGCAGGUGAUUGUCAUGCACUUGUUAUGUUAAAUGCUGUUGCAGCAGCCAUGAAAGGCCUUUUACGACCUAGAGAUUUAUCUAGUCAAGAUAAAGGACCAGCAGAAAACCUGACUGCUAUAUUAACUAGUAAAGGCACAGAGACAAUUAUGCAUAUGGAUAAGGUAUUAUUGCUUCUGGAACAUAAAGAAUUUACUGUGGAGCCUCCUAUUUUGCAGUCUCUGCAACAUCUUACUCAGUGGGUCGCUGAUUGUGCUAUUUAUUUACUAGCAUCUUUGCCUCAUCAGGCACAGAAUCACAUGCGAUUUCCUGGGGGAGGAUUAAUUUCUGAUGUCAAAGCCCUUAACACUCUAAGAGAGUUAUUGGUCAUUAUCAGAAUAUGGAGCUUUUUAAACGAAAGUUGCCUUCCAGUAUUUACCAAAAUGUCUGAUAAUCUGGACAUUCUUUCUCUGUUAUUCAAACUUCUAACAAAAACUCUUCUUACACAUGGAUCAGAACCAGAUGAUACAUUGUUAGAUGAAUGCAGUUUACUCCCAAAUCAAGUACUUGUGCCUACAAUUGAACUUGGUACUCAAGCCUUAGGUGUUGCAAGCCCAGCUCUUUUUAUGAAUUCAUUGCCUUUACAAUUUGAAUACCAUUCUCAACCUGAAUUUUUGCGUUAUAACAGCAAAGUGCAUAUUAUUGAAGGAACUAUUCCACAAAUUCAUAAAACAGAUAUUGUAAGACAUGUGAGUUUGGGACGCAAUCCUUCUCUAGUGCGUCAAUGUACAAGGUGUCACAGUUCUUCAAUGCUUAAAGCUGGUGCAAGAUCUGCAGCAACUAGAGCUUGGGAUCAACGUUGGCUUCGAUUCUGCCCAUGUGGUGGUCAGUGGAGGCUGCAUAUCUUUCAGAAAUAAAAAUAUCAUUUUAAAACUCA